AUGGCCAGUGACUGUUGCCUAGCAACAAGCAUUGAAGAUGUCCUGGAUCCCAGGCAGAAGGGAGAAAUUUCGGCAGCGCCCCCAGCAAAUGCUCCAGCCACAGGUGUUGUUGCUUGUCGCUGCUGCCCAGCCCGGUCACUCAGGAGGAGCCGUUGCUUCAGAGCCUCCUGCAGGGUCCAGAGCUGCCCACCCGAAAAGUGUGCAGGCCCUCAGCGGUGCCUGGCACCAGGGCCCCCUGCACUGCUCAGCCCCAGCCCCAGCCCCAGCCCCAGCGUGAGGAAGAAACAGGUGUCCCUGAACUGGCAGCCACUGACGCUGCAGGAGGCCAGAGCUCUACUGAGAAGGCGGCGGCCCCGUGGGCCAGGGGGCCGGGCACUGCUGAGUAAGAGGCCCCCACAGCGCACUCCUGCCGGCCAGGCCCGGGUCCUGUGUCCCUUGAUCUGUCAUAACGGCGGUGUGUGCAUGAAGCCUGACCGCUGUCUCUGCCCCCCGGACUUCGCUGGCAAGUUCUGCCAGUUGCAUUCCUCGGGCGCUCAACCCCCGGCGCCGGCCAUGCCAGGCCUCACUCGCUCAGUGUACACCAUGCCACUAGCCAACCACCGCGACGAUGAACACGGUGUGGCAUCUAUGGUGAGCGUCCACGUGGAGCACCCGCAGGAGGCGUCCGUGGUGGUGCACCAGGUGGAGCGCGUGUCCGGCCCUUGCUGCGGAGGGGCCGGCGUGGCCUGGGGCGUUCACGACUGUCAGUCGUGCUCGGAGCACCCGGGGAACUCCAACCGAGUGGGAGCCCCAGGUGGUCCGUGUCCAGCUGGCUUCGAAAGGGUUAACGGGUCCUGCGAAGAUGUGGAUGAGUGCGCGACUGGCGGGCGCUGCCAGCACGGGGAGUGUGCCAACACUCACGGGGGGUACACGUGCGUGUGCCCGGACGGCUUCCUGCUGGACUCAUCCCGCAGCAGCUGCAUCUCCCAACACGUGAUCUCAGAGGCCAAGGGGCCCUGCUUCCGCGUGCUCCGCGACGGCGGCUGCUCGCUGCCCAUUCUGCGCAACAUCACCAAACAGAUCUGCUGCUGUAGCCGUGUGGGCAAAGCCUGGGGUCGGGGCUGCCAGCUCUGCCCACCCUUCGGCUCAGAGGGUUUUCGGGAGAUCUGUCCUGCUGGCCCUGGCUACCACUACUCGGCCUCUGACCUCCGCUACAACACCAGACCCCUGAGCCAGGAGCCACCCCGAGUUUCCAUCAGCCAGCCCCGUGCCCCACCCUCCACCCCUCGGUCACCCACAGGCUUUCUGCCCACCCAUCGCCCAGAACCCCGGCCUGAGCCUCGGCCAGGGCCUGAGCUUCCCCCACCCAGCAUCCCGGCCUGGACUGGUCCUGAGGUUCCUGAACCAGGUCCCUCCGCGGGCAUGUGCCAGCGCAAUCCCCAGGUCUGCGGCCCGGGACGCUGCAUCCCCCGACCCAGGGGCUACACGUGCACGUGUGAUUCCGGUUUCCGGCUCAGCCCGCAGGGCACACACUGCAUUGAUGUGGACGAAUGCCGUCGCAUGCCCCCGCCCUGUGCUCCUGGGCGCUGCGAAAACACGCCAGGCAGCUUCCGUUGUGUGUGCGGCCCCGGCUUCCGAGCUGGCCCGCGGGCUACUGAGUGUCUGGACGUGGACGAGUGCCACCGCGUGCCGCCGCCCUGUGACCGUGGGCGCUGUGAAAACACGCCAGGCAGCUUCCUGUGCGUGUGCCCCGCUGGGUACCAGGCUGCACCCCACGGAGCAGGCUGCCAAGAUGUGGACGAAUGCAUCCAGAGCCCUGGCCUCUGUGGCCGAGGUGUCUGUGAGAACCUGCCUGGCUCUUUCCGCUGUGUUUGCCCGGCUGGCUUCCGGGGCUCAGCGUGUGAAGAGGAUGUGGAUGAGUGUGCCCAGGAGCCACCACCCUGUGGGCCAGGCCGCUGUGACAACACCGCGGGCUCCUAUCACUGUGCCUGCCCUGCUGGCUUCAGAUCCCGAGGGCCAGGGGCCCCCUGCCAAGAUGUGGAUGAAUGUGCCCGUAGCCCCCAGCCCUGUGCCUAUGGACGGUGUGAGAACACAGAAGGCAGCUUCCAGUGCGUCUGCCCAACAGGCUUUCAACCCAGCCCUGCUGGCUCCGAGUGCGAGGAUGUUGAUGAGUGUGAGAACCACCUGGCGUGUCCUGGGCAGGAAUGUGUGAACUCCCCCGGCUCCUUCCAGUGCAGGGCUUGUCCUGCCGGCUACCACCUGCACCGUGGCCGAUGUACUGAUGUGGACGAAUGCAGUUCGGGCGCCUCCUGCGGCCCCCAUGGCCACUGCACUAACACCGAAGGCUCCUUCCACUGCAGCUGCGCGCCUGGCUACCGGGCGCCGCCUGGCCGGCCUGGGCCCUGCGCAGACGUGAACGAGUGCCUGGAGGGCGACUUUUGCUUCCCCCACGGCGAAUGCCUCAACACCGACGGCUCCUAUGCCUGUACCUGUGCCCCCGGCUACCGGCCCGGACCCCGCGGAGCCUCUUGCCUCGACGUGGACGAAUGCAGCGAGGAGGACCUCUGCCAGAGCGGCAUCUGUACCAACACCGACGGCUCCUUCGAGUGCGUCUGUCCUCCGGGACACCGCGCCAGCCCCGACCUCGCCUCCUGCCUCGACGUGGAUGAAUGUCGAGAGCGGGGCCCGGCCCUCUGCGGCUCCCAGCGUUGUGAGAAUUCCCCCGGCUCCUACCGCUGCGUCCGAGACUGCGACCCUGGCUACAACGCGGGCCCUGAGGGCACCUGUGACGAUGUGGACGAGUGCCAAGAAUAUGGCCCGGCAAUUUGUGGAGCCCAGCGCUGUGAAAAUACCCCUGGCUCCUACCGCUGCACGCCUACCUGUGACCCUGGCUACCAGCCCAUGCCUGGGGGCGGAUGCCAGGAUGUGGAUGAAUGCCGGAACCGGUCCUUCUGCGGGGCCCAUGCCGUUUGCCAGAACCUGCCUGGCUCCUUCCAGUGCCUCUGUGACCAGGGCUACGAGGGGGCACGGGACGGGCGUCACUGCGUGGAUGUGAAUGAAUGUGAAACACUGCAGGGCGUGUGCGGAGCUGCCCUGUGCGAGAAUGUGGAGGGCUCCUUCCUCUGCGUCUGCCCCACCAGUCCCGAGGAGUUUGACCCCAUGACUGGGCGCUGUGUUCCCCCACGGGCUUCUGCUGGCACAUUCCCAGGCUCACAGCCCCAAGCACCUGCCAGCCCCGUCCUGCCAGACAGGCCACCCCCUCCUCCCCCUCCCCGCCGGCCCAGCCCACCCAGGCAGGGACCGGUGGGCAGCGGCCGCCGGGAGUGCUACUUUGACACGGCAGCGCCAGAUGCGUGUGACAACAUCCUGGCUCGGAACGUGACUUGGCAGGAGUGCUGCUGCACCGUGGGGGAGGGCUGGGGCAGCGGCUGCCGCAUCCAGCAGUGCCCGGGCACUGAGACAGCCGAGUACCAGUCACUGUGUCCCCAUGGCAGGGGCUACCUGGCGCCUAGCGGAGACCCAAGCCACCGGAAAGAUGUGGAUGAGUGCCAGCUGUUCCGAGAUCAGGUGUGCAAAAGUGGCGUGUGCGUGAACACGGCCCCGGGCUACUCGUGUUAUUGUAGCAACGGCUACUACUACCUCGCCCAGCGACUGGAGUGUGUCGACAACGACGAGUGCGCGGACGAGGAGCCGGCGUGUGAGGGGGGCCGCUGCGUCAACACCGUGGGCUCUUAUCACUGCACGUGCGAGCCCCCGCUGGUGGCCGGCCGCUCCAGCAGGAGAGGAGGCCGAGUGUCAGUCCCACCCUGAUGCAUGCUGUCUCUGCCCUCAGAUGACAACCUGGGAGUGUGCUGGCAGGAAGUGGGGGCUGACCUCGUGUGCAGCCGCCCUCGGCUGGACCGCCAGGCCACGUACACAGAGUGCUGCUGCCUCUACGGGGAGGCCUGGGGCAUGGACUGUGCCCUCUGCCCUGCCCAGGACUCAGAUGACUUUGAGGCCCUGUGCAAUGUGCUGCGCCCCCCUGCAUAUGGCCCCCCACGGCCUGGUGGCUUUGGACUCCCCUACGAGUAUGGUCCAGACCUCGGUCCACCUUACCAGGGCCUUCCAUAUGGGCCUGAGCUGUACCCACCACCUGUGCUACCCUAUGACCCCUACCCACCGCCACCUGGGCCCUUCGCCCGCCGGGAGGCCCCCUAUGGGAUGCCACCCUUCGACAUACCGGACUUUGAGGAUGAUGGUGGUCCCUAUGGUGAAUCUGAGCCUCCUGCUCCACCUGGACCCGGCACCCGCUGGCGCUAUCGGUCCCGAGACACCCGUGGCUCCUUCCCAGAGCCAGAGGAGCCACGUGAAGGCGUGGGCUACACUGGCGCCCUGGCUGGGCCCUACGAGGGGCUGGAGGCGGAGGAGUGUGGGAUCCUGGACGGCUGUGCCCACGGCCGCUGCGUGCGGGUCCCCGAGGGCUUCACCUGCGACUGCUUCGAUGGCUACCGCCUGGACAUGACCCGCAUGGCCUGCGUUGUGACGUGGGGCUGCCGUACCCACCCUACAGAGCAGAGCCGAGGCACAGAAAGCCCCGCCCCCUGUGCAGGCUACACAGCCGCGGGCGGCAGGGCCAGGCUCGCGUACAGCUCACGUUGUGUGAUGGCGGACAGGGACUCCUUCCUGCCCAGACCCCUGUGCACCUCCAGCGCUUCAGGAGGAGUGGCGCUCCCGCGGGGCCACCUGGAGGAUGCUAGCAUAGGGCCUGGUCUACAGGCUGUUGGUGGUUAA